CAAAAUAAAACAAAACAAAAUGGUGAAGUGUUGAGCAAGAAUCCUUUCCAAUCUUCUCCAUCUCUUCGUUGAGAAAUAUUACUAUUUACCAUGACUAUUCCUGUUUAAUUCAUGUAAAUAUUAAGGCCAGUCUGACCGAUGAUUUAGUGUAAAUUCUGGAGGAAAUCAAAUCGUAAACGAAGCUUCAUGAAACACACUGGCCACAGUUGGGUCGCCAUCAAGCAAAGCACUCUUAUAAUUUAAUUGAAGGUUAAUAUUCUUAAAGGAAAAUGGAACUUCGAGUUGGCAAUAAGUACCGCCUUGGCAGGAAAAUUGGUAGUGGAUCAUUUGGAGAUAUCUAUCUAGGAACUAAUAUAUCUACGGGGGAGGAGGUUGCCAUUAAACUAGAAUGUGUAAAAUCCAAGCACCCACAGCUUCACAUCGAAGCCAAGUUUUACAAGAUGAUGCAAGGAGGAGUUGGUAUUCCUACCAUAAAAUGGUGUGGUACUGAAGGAGAUUACAAUGUGUUAGUUAUGGAUUUACUGGGACCUAGUUUAGAAGAUCUUUUCAAUUUCUGUAAUCGGAAGUUCAGUAUAAAAACUGUCUUAUUGUUAGCUGACCAAACAAUAAGCCGCAUUGAGUACGUCCACAGCAAAAACUUCAUCCAUAGAGACAUUAAACCAGAUAAUUUUCUAAUGGGUCUUGCUAAGAAAGGCAACUUGGUGUACAUCAUUGACUUUGGGCUUGCUAAGAAGUACAGGGAUCCCAAGACCCACCAGCACAUUCCAUAUAGAGAAAAUAAGAAUCUAACAGGAACUGCAAGAUAUGCCAGUAUAAACACCCAUCUAGGAAUAGAGCAAAGCAGAAGAGAUGACCUGGAGUCCCUGGGRUAUGUUCUGAUGUACUUCAACCUUGGUAGUUUACCUUGGCAAGGCCUUAAAGCUGCAACAAAACGACAGAAAUAUGAACGAAUUAGUGAAAAGAAAAUGUCAACACCCAUUGAAGUACUAUGCAAAGGAUUUCCCACUGAGUUUGCAACAUACUUGAAUACAUGCCGCUCACUUCGAUUUGACGACAAACCUGAUUAUUCACACCUGCGUCAGUUAUUCCGUAAUCUCUUCCAUCGGCAGGGCUAUACCUAUGAUUAUGUAUUUGACUGGAAUCUACUGAAAUUUGGAAGUGGUAAACCAGAGGAUCAAGGUCCUGAUAAAACCAGAGAACGUGUUUUAGAUAGAGAACGCGAACAAGAAAGAAAUCAUCAUGUUAGAAGUUCUACAACCCAUGCAUUGGCUGGAACAUCAUCAGGACGACUUAGAGAACCCAUUGGUGCAGCCGCUCCUUCUCCUAUUGGACCACAAGGACGACCCAUGUCCAGGGCAGAGCGUGAACGCAAGGUUAGCAUGAGGCUUCAUCGUGGAGCUCCUGCUGACAUCAACCCUGGUGACCUGCCUCAUCGUGAUAUGUCUAGGAUGUCUGGUGCUCAUGUACGAUCAACGCCCGUCAUGGCUGCUCCCCAGUCGGGAAUGAGACGUACUGGUACUGGUCGAGAUAGGGAGGGUAGUAUUGACCGUCAACCCACUAGACAUGGCUUUAGAACUAAAUAACUCAAUUCACUUUGUAAAUAAACUACAAUCAACUAGUGUUGACUUUAUCUCGAUUCUUUCCAGCUACGUGUAGAUUUUUCUAGUAGAUUGUAUCGGGAUGACAUCGCUGAUUUGUAUACAUUUCUUUUCAUUAAAGUUAUUUUCUAUGCCGUAGUUUGGAAGCGACUUUGUGUACAGGGGGAUAUUUCCUAUUCUAGGAAGAUCUAUUACAAUCUUUUAAUAAAUGAAUAUUUUAAAAAGAUAA